CGCUCUUGCACCCCACGCUGCACUCAAUCUCUCUUGGGUGGCGGCUUGAAUCAAACAGAGUCGAAACCAAUCGUUUGUUUUUGGUUGUCCUGAGAAAGGAGACCAAAAGGAGAAACGAAAAGCUCCAAUGAUUCACACCCUUGGCAGACGCUGCUGCUCGUCCUCGCUGGCCAGGGCUGCCCUCGCGCGCCCUGUGUCGGCGACGCCGGCCACGCUCCGUCAGCUCCAUGCAACCCGGACUCUCCCCCAGGCAAGCCCGGCGCCGGCACAACCCAACGCACCGUCACCCAAUGAUAGCUUCCUGUCGAGCAACAAUGCCUACUACAUCGAAUCCAUGAGGAGGCUCUGGCAGGAGGACCCGGCCAAGGUCCACUCGAGCUGGGACAUCUACUUCAGAGGACUCGACCAGGGACUUCAGUCUCAAGACUCUUUCCGUCUGCCUCCUUCUCUAAUGCCUCUGCCCAUCGAUGCACCACCGAUUGACGCGAGCGCCGUGUCGAGUGGCGAGAGCAUCGACGACCAUCUCAAGCUGCAACUUCUUGUGCGUGCCUACCAGGUGCGAGGCCACCGCAUCGCGAAGCUCGACCCGCUGGGAAUCAACGGUCUGACUGAGGAGACGACGCCCGAUGAGCUCAAGAUUGAACACUACGGCUGGUCGCAGUCGGACCUCUCGCGCGAGAUGCGCCUCGGCCCUGGUCUGCUGCCCAACUUUGUCAAGCACGGUGUGCAGAAGAUGACGAUUGGCGAGAUCAUCGAUGCGUGCAAGCGCAUGUACUGCGAGGCCAUUGGCAUCCAGUACGUCCACAUUCCCGACCGGGAAAAGUGUGACUGGCUGCGUGAGCGGAUCGAGAUGCCUGAGCCAUUCAAGUACUCGAUUGAGGAGAAGCGAACGAUCCUCGACCGUCUCAUCUGGUCCGACAGCUUCGAGCGCUUCAUCUCCAGCAAGUACCCCAACGAGAAGCGCUUCGGUCUCGAAGGUGGCGAGUCUCUGAUUCCUGGCGUCAAGACGCUCAUCGACCGAUCCGUCGACUACGGUGUCAACUCCAUCACCAUCGGAAUGCCUCACCGAGGCCGUCUCAACGUGCUUGCCAAUGUCAUUAGGAGGCCAAUCGAGGGUAUUCUCAACCAAUUUGCUGGCACCGACGAUGACGGUGAGGGAGGUGGUGACGUCAAGUACCACCUCGGCGCAAACUACGUUCGCCCCACGCCCUCGGGCAAGAAGGUGGCUCUUUCGCUCGUCGCCAAUCCUUCGCACCUGGAGGCAGAGGACCCAGUCGUGCUGGGUAAGACGCGCGCCCUGCAGGACUUUGCCGGUGACACGGCUCAUGAGACGUCGAUGGCCCUCCUGAUGCACGGUGACGCCGCCUUUGCCGGUCAGGGUGUCGUGUAUGAGACAAUGGGCAUGUACAACUUGCCAAACUACGCCACCGGCGGUACCAUCCACAUCGUCGUCAACAACCAGAUUGGUUUCACCACCGAUCCCCGUUUCGCUCGAUCGACCCCUUACCCCUCGGACAUUGCCAAGAGCAUUGACGCGCCCAUCUUCCACGUCAACGGUGACGAUGUCGAGGCUGUCACCUUUGUUCACCAGCUUGCCGCCGACUGGCGUGCAAAGUUCAAGAAGGAUGUUGUCAUCGACCUCGUCUGCUACCGUCGUCACGGUCACAACGAGACUGACCAGCCAAGCUUCACCCAGCCACGCAUGUACGAGGCCAUCAGCAACCAGGAGACGACCUUGACCCAGUACUCGAAACAGCUCGUCGAAGAAGGCAGCUUCACUCAGAAGGACAUCGAUGAGCACAAGAAGUGGGUCUGGGGCCUCCUGGAGGAGGCGGCCGAGAAGAGCAAGAGCUACGAGCCGGGCGAGCGUGAAUGGCUUUCGAGCGCUUGGGAGGGAUUCCCCAGCCCUAAGGAGCUCGCCGAGCAGAUUCUUGACCACAAGGAUACGGGCGUGGACGUCGAGACGCUCAAGCACGUUGGUAGGACGAUUUCGUCGUACCCCGACGACUUCGAAGUCCACCGCAACCUCAGCCGUAUUCUCAAGACGCGCCUCAAGACCAUCGACGAGGGCAAGGGUAUCGACAUGAGCACUGCAGAGGCUCUCGCAUUUGGCACGCUUUGCAUGGAAAAGUACUAUGUCCGUGUUAGUGGUCAGGACGUCGAGCGAGGUACGUUUAGUCAGCGCCACGCCGUCCUCCACGACCAGAAGACCGAGAACAUCUACGUGCCUCUUAACAACGUCGAAAAGGACCAAGCACCAUUUGUCGUGUGCAACUCGAGCCUGUCCGAGUUUGGUUGCCUGGGUUUCGAGCUGGGCUUUAGCUUGGUGGACCCCCACAAUCUGACCAUCUGGGAGGCCCAAUUCGGCGACUUUGCCAACAAUGCCCAGUGCAUCAUCGAUCAGUUUAUCGCGUCCCAGGAGCGCAAGUGGCUCGCCAGGAGUGGUCUCGUUCUCAAUCUGCCCCACGGUUACGAUGGUCAAGGACCCGAGCACUCGUCUGGCCGACCCGAGCGCUUCCUUCAGCUCGUUGACGACAACCCCUUCGUCUACCCUCCACCGGAGAAGAUGGAGCGGCAGCACCAGGACGGCAACAUGGCCGUCGUCUACCCAUCGAUCCCCUCCAACGUCUUCCACGUCCUGCGCAGGCAGGUCCACCGUGACUUCAGGAAGCCUCUGAUUCACUUCUUCAGCAAGUCGCUCCUUCGUCACCCCGAGGCUCGCUCCACGCUCAAGGACAUGGAGCCCGGCUCGGGCUUCAUCCGCUUCAUUCCUGAGCCUCACCACACCGAGGGCCAGGAUGCACUGGUGCCGCCUGAAGAGAUCAAGCGUCACAUCAUCUGCACGGGACAGCACUACUAUGCACUGCUCAAGCACCGACGCGAGAACAAGAUCGACAAUGUGGCCAUCUCGCGAAUGGAGCAGAUUGCGCCCUUCCCCUUCGACGACGUCCGCAAGGCCAUCGACACGUACCCCAACUCGACCAUCUGCUUCAGCCAGGAGGAGCCUCUGAACGGUGGCUGGUUCGGAUACGUUCAGCCGAGGUUGAGGACUGUGUGCAGACACUCGGAGCACCACAGGGAUUCGCUCGCCGUUCUUGCAUCAAGACCGCCGUACGCAUCUGUGGCGACGGGCAACAAGCACGCUCACGUCCGUGAGCUCGAAGAGCUGCUCCGGGACUCCUUUGACAUCUCGCUCCACGCGAGCUCCGACUUGCAGUAAAAGCAGUAGCAGUGAUAGUAAGGGGCUCUCGACCAUCCGAGGGAAAUCUAAAGCUUGAAAUACGAUUGUGCAUACAAAUG